AUGGCCCCCUCGAAAAGACGAUAUGGAGUUGUUGUGGACGCGGGCUCGUCCGGAUCAAGAGUCUUUAUCUACUCGUGGGAAGACGCGCUUUUGCAGCAGAAAAACCUCGGCCAGCUGUCGCUUCUGGAACAGAACAGCGUGACAAAGUUGCACUCGGAAAAGGAAUGGAAGAAGAAGAUCUUCCCUGGAGUCAGCAGUUUCGCUGGGAGAUCGCGUGACGAGCUGUGGAGCGAGCACGUCAAACCUCUCGUGGAUCAUGUGAUGGAUCAUGUCCCCAAGUCUGCUAUUCCUUCUACACCCAUCUUCUUUCUGGCUACUGCGGGCAUGCGACUUUUGGAUGAGCCUGUUCGAGAACAUCUACUAAACACAGUGUGCGAGCUGUUGGCGACAAACACGGGCUUUUAUCUUGGUGCCGGUGGCUGUGCUAAGCGUCCCAACGUGGAAAUCAUUGACGGAGAAGUGGAAGGGCUUUAUGGAUGGCUGGGUUUGAACUACCUCGCAGGUAGUUUGGUGUCCAAGGUGGAAGGGCUAAAGUCACGUGAUCUGAGGUUGCCGUUAGGUGAAUCACAGGACCUGGCCUCUCUGCAGUCACGUGACGAGCUGGCUGACGUCAAGAACCCUCAUGACGAGUCUCGGUUGUCUGAAUCGUCCACCCUCGGGUUCAUGGAUAUGGGAGGAGCUUCAGCUCAGAUUGCCUUUGUUCCGAACGCAACAGAAACCGCUCGGCAUCUGGAUGACUUGUAUCAGGUCAGAUUACGCAGUGUCAACGGCCAGCUGCAAGAGUGGAACGUGUUUGUAUCGACCUGGCUUGGUUUUGGAGCUAAUGAAGCUCGUAGACGGUACCUUGAGACGUUACCGGCCGUUGAAGGGAUCAUUUCCGACCCUUGUUUGAUGAAGGGACUGACAAUGAACUACGGAGAUUUCAAGGUUAUUGGAGGAGGUGACUUCUCAGCGUGUAUGGCUAAUGCCUCCCCUCUGUUGAUGAAACAUUUGCCAUGUACAGACCAUCCUUGUUUGUUUAACGGUGUGCAUGCCCCCGCUCUGGAUUUCUCCAUGACCAAAUUCAUUGGUAUUUCCGAGUAUUGGUAUACCUCUGCAGAUAUUUUUGGACUCAGAGAAGAGGACUACAACUUCCACGUCUUCUCCCACAAGACUCAGGAGUAUUGUUCACGAGACUGGGACGACAUUGUUGCUGAGAGUGAAGAGGGAGGAUUUAACAAGAUCUCUCGUGACAAGCUACAGGUGGCCUGUUUCAAGGCUACUUGGGUUCUGACGAUUUUGCACGAGGGAUUUGGUGUUCCUAUCGGUCCCAUGAUUGGCGAGGAAUCUGAGGAUCCCACAGACACGCCAUUUGUGUCGCCGUUCAAGAGCUUGGAGACCUUUGAUGACCAAGAAUUGUCGUGGACACUAGGAAAAAUGGUUCUUUACUCGUCCUCACAGGUUCCUCCCGCCAAGAACUCCGACGAUCGAGAGGUUGGGGUAGGAUACGUGCCUAGCAUGCUGGAUGGAAGCACUAUUGUGAUUCCUGGUGGCGAAGGGCGAACUUCUGAAGACAUUGGUUUCUUGUCUCUGCCUCUCGUGUUUCUGUUGGUGAUAGCUUUCGGAGUCGUGUACUUCCUACUUGGCAAAACCAAGGUCACUGGAGGCAUUAUCAAUCAGUUCUCUCGCCUUACACAGCGACUGCGAUGGAAGAAGACGCUCGAGAGUGUCGAUCUUGAGAGUGGUCCUGUUGUGCCCCCUACAUGUCGAUCGUCGUCGGCUCUGGACCUUUCUGAGAUGAGAAGCAAUACUCCACGGCUGCAGACUUCACAAUCCAGCAUCAACAUUCCUACCACAGGGCGAUUCAAGGGUCUUGGAAUGAACAGUAGGGCUCCUAGUAGAAGCUCUUCUGCCACUAGACUUGCGGAGUAA